UACUAUUCAUCCUCAUGCACCCUCCUAAUAUCCAGCACGCUGCACAAUCAGCUUGCUGACACCUCUACCAAACUCAUCAUGCCAUUCUGGUCUUGGAAGGGGUCAAAGACCAAACCCACUCACACGUCCAAACUAGUGGACAGAACCGUCUCGGUUUCCAGGGAGACAGAAUGCAGGGAAAAGUACAAGUACGCGAAGAAUCGGUAUCGCAGGUUGUCUGCUGAUGAACGCUGCGGUCAUCAAGAUGCCGUCAAGGACUGGGCAGGAAAAUACACCGAAGAAGCAGCACUGGGCAUCCUCAUCCUCCAGCGCCUGCAUCGUCUGCAGCUGCUCGGGUCACCCAACUCAAAGAAGCUUCACCGGCACCCUCGAAGAGAAGACGGGGAGAUUCUCACGAAAGUACACGACAGCAUGCCGCCGCCAAUUUAUGUGGGACCCGUUCCGGAAGAUUCUUGCCUCGAGGCAGAGAUGACCCAGCUCCGCAAAGAUUACUGGAAGCAUCAACUUCGGCUACAGGCACUGUACCGAGGGCGUCCACACCCGACAGGUCCAACCAUCGCGCUGUUUCUGGCCGGCCACGAAUAUAGGAAUGAGCAUGGGCAGCCGUAUGACUUCGUGGAAUCGCAACGAGAAUGUGCCAAAGCAGGGGGCUGCUGCGCACGGUCGUGUGGGUGUUGUCAGAAAGGGCUGUAUGCCAAUGAAGACAAGAAGGAUCAAACGAGCCCGGUCUACGGGCACUGCACGCUGGAGUGCGCUUGCUGCAUCCAUUUUCGCGAGUGUUAUGUGCCUGACGGGCGGUUGUCCCCUCCGAAGAUAAAGCCUCUGCUCAGAUGA